UUUCACAGGAAAUAUUCCUUUGUUUCUGCUUUUGAGGUUGUCAACGCCACCGUUGCUUCCCCCAGAACAGAUCACAAAGUACAAUCAUACAUGUAUAUAAUGCAGAUUGAGUAUAUAAUAGUAUAUACGUAGAGCAGUAAGUGAAACCAGAAUUUCUUCGUAUUGGUCGAGAAGACUGCGACUGAGGUUUAGACCGACAGGAGAAUGAGGUUUCUCCAGGUCGGCACCCUGCUAGGAGUAGGAGUACUUCUUGGAGCCGCCCUCCCAACCAAAGCCAUUCCGGCACCGAAAUGGGAUGGGAAGGAUCACUCGGAAAUUCUGAAAGACCUGGUGCUGAACUACAAGUACAACGAUGACGCUCGUGAACCACGAGAAAGCACCGAAUGCAGCGGAAAUGCUAGCUACACUGGCCAGUGUAACUUGGACUGUCAGUGUGUGGAUGGCAAGUGGAAAUGCUGCCGGCUGAGGAAGAGUGUCAAGAACUUAUCUCAGGAGGAGAGAGAUCGAUUUACUCGUGCAUUCUUGACAGCUACCAGGAAUGAAAUUUACCAGCCAGCUAUGCGUUCCAUACAAUGGUCGCAUGCCGUGUUCUUCUGCAAAAAGAUACCCAAGUCAUUGUAUACACAAAGCGAUACCACAGGCUAUCACAACUUGCUUUUGUUUGCUAUGGAGAACCUGCUACGGCUGAUUGACUGCCGGGUUACUAUUCCCUACUGGGAUGUUUCACUGGACUAUGGCAAGACGUUCUUAGAGCAAGUACCUGAAGGUUUUGGUGGCACAGGAGUGCCCCCAGAUUACUGUGUAGUUGACGGACCAUACAGAAAAGGGGAAUACACCAUACUAAAGUUCAGUUACAAUGGCGUGGAGUUGCCCUACACGACAUGCUUAAAACGGAAUAUGUCCUCCACAAUGAAGCCUGCAUCGUACCUAGAGUUCAAUACAAUGUUGACUGUGCCUCCAGACAGCUCUAUGAUGUUUGAGCUAGGUAUCUAUGAGACCUUUGAUACCAACUUCCAUGUUGGUAUGGGUGGAACAUUCCAAGGCGUGAUACCAGGCGUGGAUCCACUAUUUUACAUGAUCCACAAUUUCGUGACCAAGGUGUUGGCAAACUACCAGCAGCAAGGACCGGAUCACUUCACUGGCGGAGGACGUUGGAAUAACAGUGCGCCAGUGGGAACUUUACCGUGGUUUCAGAACAGGGAGUUUUUUGACGCUCAAAACUUUCCGAAUGAUGUGUGCAUCCGCUGGGAUGCUGUGGCUGAUCGAGAGAAGCUGAUCGAGAUGGGACACUACGCAGGACUGGAAACACCAAGGUUGGACCACAUGGCGUUGCCCUAUAAGGAGCUGAGAAAUAAGGACCUCGACACCAAUGCCAGAGCAGACUUUCUUCUGUAUCUUAGUCGCAUGAAGGAAAGAUUUACAUCUGCAUUCAAAUAUGAUGAUGAUGGUCUGCAUCUAACUAAAGACUGGCUGAAGAUCUUCACGACGCAAGGUGGCUUUGCAAUCAAGAACCUCCUGUCCGAACGCGCUUGUGCGCAGUACUUUUCACUGGACCCGGAUUUCGUCAACACAACUUCUGUGCCCAGUGCGGCUGAACUUGUUCCUUAGCAGGUCUUGUGUUAUCAUUAUGAUUUUUUCAUUAGGGUCUUCUCCGCGUAGACAUCAAUGCAAGGUUCAUGUGUAUGCACCGCAUGUAUAGCUUUUCUAUCACCCAAAAGCAACAACAGCCAAACAGAAAAAUGACAGCUAUAAAAUGAGUGACAAAAAAAGCUCAACAAAGUGCAGCUCAAUGCCAGGAGCUACAUGUCACGGGGCAUGGUUGAAUAAUGGCUACUAAUUCAAUUGUUUACAAGUACUUGUUUAUUGUUUUAUUACGUUUGUGACUUUAUUUCGCUAUUCAUUUUAUUAGCUUUCCAGCACAUAAACACUAUCUUUCCAUACUAAUUUGCCACGAUUUUACAUUGAAAAGCAUUCUCACUUAAGUUUUCAUAAUCCACUCUCCGGAUACUUCGCAGCUUUCUGUGAUAAAAUCCAGAAUAGAUAACGGUCGAUCUACGUCACAUUGUUGGGGAGUCCCGGCAGCACAAGUAGGGGAAAGGUAGAUCUACCCACACUUGUUUUCGUUUGGGUAGAUCUACCGGACUCCCUAUCCAGCACUUACUGCUUGCUAUGAUACGUACCAUAUUUUCCGGAGUAUAAGCCAUAUCCCCCUCUACCUUUUUUUUGGCACGAAAUACAGACAUCUA